CUGCCCCCCCCUCCCCCGCCUGGUCGGGGCGGCCGGUGCCGUCGGGGCCGUCAGUCUGCGGCGGCGGCGGCUGCCGGCGCUGCUGGGCGAGGUCAGGGAAAGUCCAUGUGAGGAGCGGCUGGAAUCACUUCCUGCUGCCGCCGCCGGGACCGCCGGCACCCGCCGCCGUAGGCCCAGGGCAGCGUCCGUGGGGCCGGAGCCCCGCAGGGGAUGCUGAGAAGGUUCUCCUUGGCUUUUGUAGAAUCAUUUAGGUUGGAAAAGACCUUUAAGAUCAUCGAGUCCAACCUUUCCCGGAUGAUGUGCCCUACUUUGGAUACUCCCGCAUUGAAUGUCUGAGGAGCUCCAGCCGAUCCUGAGCCAUGUCGCAGAUGUUGCACAUAGAGAUUCCCAACUUUGGGAACACCGUUCUGGGCUGCCUGAACGAGCAGCGGCUGCUGGGGCUCUACUGCGAUGUCUCCAUCGUGGUGAAGGGCCAAGCCUUCAAGGCUCACCGGGCUGUCCUGGCCGCCAGCAGCCUCUACUUCCGAGACUUGUUCAGCGGGAACAGCAAAAAUGCCUUUGAGCUGCCGGGUACGGUCCCCCCUGCUUGCUUCCAGCAGAUCCUCUCCUUCUGCUACACCGGGAAGCUGACCAUGGCGGCGAGCGAGCAGCUGGUGGUGAUGUACACGGCGGGUUUCCUGCAGAUCCAGCACAUCGUGGAGAAAGGGACGGACUUGAUGUUCAAGGUCAGCUCUCCCCACUGUGACUCUCAGACCACCAUGAUCGAAGACCCCAGCUCGGAGCCACAGAGUCCCUGCAACCAGCUGCAGUCGGCCUCGGCGCCCUACGUCAUGUCUCCCUCCAUGCCCAUCCCGCUGCUCACGCGUGUCAAACACGAGAACCUGGAGCUGCAGGCGGCUGCCCUGCCCGGCCUGCCCGGCAAGCGGCCCCUCGAGCCGGGCAACAGGGAGGGAGCGGGCGGCGGCCCCAACGCCGGUACCCUCAAGCUCUCCAGGGUCUCCUACUACGGGAUGCCCAACCUGGCCACCCUCAUCCCCAACGUCCAGCAGGUCCAGUACUCGCAGGGGGAGCGGACGAGCCCCGGUGCCAGCAGCAUUCCCACCACCGACAGCCCCACCUCCUACCACAACGAGGAGGAUGAGGAGGACGACGAGGCGUACGACACCAUGGUGGAGGAGCAGUACGGGCAGAUGUACAUCAAAUCCUCGGGAGGCUACUCUGUUGCUCAGGAGAAGCCAGAGCAGAUCCCACUGGAGAACCGUUCCUGUGUGCUCAUACGACGGGAUCUAGUUGCUCUCCCAGCCAGUCUUAUCAGUCAAAUCGGAUACCGUUGCCACCCAAAACUCUACUCAGAGGGAGAUCCUGGAGAAAAGCUCGAGCUCGUUGCAGGCUCAGGUGUUUACAUCACCCGGGGGCAGCUGAUGAAUUGCCACUUAUGUGCUGGUGUCAAACACAAGGUCCUCCUGAGACGUCUGCUGGCCACCUUCUUUGAUCGGAACACACUUGCCAACAGCUGUGGAACUGGAAUCCGAUCCUCCACCAGCGAUCCCAGCAGGAAGCCCCUGGACAGCAGAGUUCUGAAUGCAGUCAAAUUGUAUUGUCAGAAUUUUGCCCCGAGCUUUAAGGAAAGCGAGAUGAAUGUCAUAGCGGCCGACAUGUGCACCAACGCCCGCCGCGUCCGCAAGCGCUGGCUGCCCAAGAUUAAGUCCAUGCUGCCCGAAGGGAUGGAGAUGUACCGCACGGUCAUGGGCUCCACCACAAACAGUGUCCCCCUGGAUCCCGAAUUCCAACCCAACACUGCUCAGGUCUUUGAGCAGCGAAUCUAUGCAGAAAGGAGGAGCGAUUCGGGCACUAUAGUAGCCUUGAGAACUAACACGGUGAACGUAGAGCUGAGCAAUGGAUCCAACCAGUCCUUCGAACAGAGCGAGGAUGCCGAAGGGGCUGGCUCUGUGAUACAGGAGGCAGCUGCCACAGAUGCUCUGGCAUCGGAUACCCAAAGCACUCCACAACCUUUCGAACAAGGCUCAGGCUCCUCCAGCCGGCCUGAGACUCCCGUGAGGAGACAAGAUGGUACUUACGGAGGGACUUUAUAAAGAGAGCAAACGUUUCCUUGACCUAUAAGGGAUCUGUAAUACUAAAGCUGCUUGCAUGCAUUACUAAUACAGAAACAAAAGAAAUGUGAUCAAGCCACUUACCUACUGAACUGCUACUGUUGCCUGAAAAAAAUGUGAUUUUUAUUCUGCUUGUAUUUAAAGUUGAUGAAGGAAAUAAUCGCAUUCGUUAUACUGUAAACGACCAGGUCUGUGGCGACCUACUUCAACCUGAGUAUUGGGCUCCUUUUUUGAUCCCCCUGAGGUUAGUCUCUAAGGUUGUAGCUUUUUUCUUUUAUCCUUUUCUUUCUUUUGUUCUUUUCUUUUUUCUUUUGUUUGUUUUAAGAAGGGGAGGAGAAAAGCUCACCAACCCCCCCCCACCCCGCCAUCACCGCCCCAUCCGUCACUCAGCUCAGAAGUAAAGCCAUCGUUUAACCUUGUCCUCUAAAGGAAGUUUUACUGUCACUUAACAGGAAAGCAAAGUGUGGUUUGGGUACAAGUGCUGUGACUGGUGAUGUUUGUCUCUAGCAGAAGGGCUUUAGCCAAGUGGGACAGGGUGGGGGAAAUCGUUGAAGGCUUCUGGUGUCAGAGGGAGCCACUUGCUGCGGGUGCAGCGGGACAGGGUGCUGCAGGGUAGGGUGCUGUGGGAAAGGGUGCUGCAGGGUAGGGUGCUGUGGGGCAGGGUGCAGUGGACAGGGUGCCUCAGGGUAGGGUGCAGCGGGCAGGGUGCUGCAGGGCAGGGUGCUGUGGGACAGGGUGCUGUGGGGCAGGGUGCAGUGGACAGGGGGCUGCAGGGUAGGGUGCUGUGGGACAGGGUGCUGCAGGGUAGGGUGCAGCAGGCAGGGUGCUGCAGGGCAGAGUGCUGUGGGGCAGGGUGCUGCAGGGCCCAGCGCUGCCACAGGCUGUCAGGGGCUCAGUGACCUUGUCUGGGGCAGUUUUAGCCCGUUCCUGGGAGCAGGGAUGGUUCUGUGGGUGUUCAGGCUUGCACGUCUCGGGAGGAUUGCGUGAGAUGCAGGUGGAGACCCUGGCUGGUGGUGUGCUUGUUGUCAGGUUGGGUUUUUUCCCCAGUACAGCUGGGUUUUGGGUUUGUUUUCUCUCUCUCUCUCUCUCUCUCUUCCUCCCUCCCAGUGACUCUUUUUCAUUUGCUCCUCCUUGCUUUCACCUUCACAUCACCCACUCCAUGAGAGGUCAGGCUCCCAUCACCCCACUGCACCCCAACACAACAGGAGGGCCAAAUCCUGUGGCCACCUCCUGGGAAGGCAAGUUGCCCCCCUCAGCCACCUGCCAAGGGCUUUGGGGAGGAAUCUGAGCAGGGAGAGCAUGUUGUUCUUGCUCAGAAGGGCACAGAGCCGGGAGCUCUCAGCAUCAGCUCCUGGCAGCACUCACAGCAGAGGCAGAGCCUGGCUCAGCUGCUGGUGUGUGGGGUUUGGCCCUGCUCCCCCUGCACAGCCCACCCAGCCUCUCACUGCUUCAGAACUGGGAGAGUAUUGGAUGAAAAAAGUAGAAAAUAGGGUUAAAAAAAUAGCUUUGUGCCCUUCUGUGAAGAGGUUUUGGGGAGGAAGAAGUGUUUCACCCCUUGCUCACCCUCCAGAGACCCUUCUGGGGAAAUGCCUGGUGUUAUUUGCCUCUUUUUUGUUGUUGUUGUUCAAAGCUGCUGUGGUGGCUUUGGUGGCCCCAGCUGGGACCUGCAGCUGGCUGGGUGCCAGCUCUCCCCAGCCUGUGCUGCCUCUGCCCACUCCCCCUCAGCAAAGCCCCCGAGGGACCCAGCCCCUCUGUGCAGCCCCAGCUCUGUGGGACACUGGCUGUCCCUGCCCCACUGGCCACAGCGUUGCCCUGGCUGCCCAUGGAGCUGCUGAGGCUGAGGUGUCCUUGGGAGCUGGGGCAGGGGUGUGAAACCACUGAUGGCUUUUUGCUUUUCGUGGUGUUUAUUGCUGUUGUUUUUACUGUGACUAAACAGUCUGCUUUAAUGAUAUCUGCUGCUUGUUCUUUAACAAGUUAGGCACUAUGAGGGAGUGCAGAGUGUGCCCAGGGGCAGGGUGGAAGCUGCUGUGGCUGUGCUCUCCUUUGCUUUCCUGCUUUGGUUCCUGAACCCAGCUGUGGCUUUGCUCAGGGUUUUCUUCCUUCUUUGUGCUUCCAGGGGGAGGGGGAGAGCAUAACCCAACUUUUGGCCAUUUCUUUUGUUUUCUUUUAUACUUGAAGCAGGGUUUUUUUUGCAUCCUAAUAACAAAGCUGUCUAGUGUUUAGCCUGUUCCACUGCUCCUUGCCCUGAGGAGGGGGAAAAAGUCAAGGGGGAGGGGGAAGCGCCUGCCUCAUGUCUUGCACAGCUCUGGGGUUUUGGCACACUUUGGUUUGGGCAGCCCAAGGUGCUGAGGAGGGGAUGUGCUGCUGCAGGGGCACACGAUGCUUUGGGGAGCCCAGGGCUCCAUUUGCACUUUACCCAGGUCAGCAAACAAAAGCUCAGAGCUGGUGCAGCUCAUCCCCUGCCCAGCAGUGCCCUGGGAGGAGGCUCUGCCAGCACUGGGGGCACACGGUGAGCUGAGCAGGGGGUGUUCCAGGGACCACGGGGCUGAGCUUGGGGUGGCCUUCCCCACGUAUCCCCAAGGAGAUGGAGCAGUUGCAGUUCCUCAACCCCAGGGAUGUCUCCUUGGGCAUGGCUGCUGGGGGGCCAGCUUGGCUCAGAGGGGUCAGGUUUGGCUGAGAACCCUCCAGAUCCCCCAUCACCACCCCGAAAGUUUGGGUUUGCCAAAAGCUUGAGGCGAGCUGGGAGCGGGUCGGGGUGUCAGAGAUCAAAAGUCAUCCCGUGUGUGUGUGUGUGUGUGUGUGUGUGUGUACAGAGUUCUUUCAAAAAGACACUGCAAAGGGUUCCUCCUCCUUGUUGGCACUUGCUGGGGUUUGGGGAGUGGGCUGAGCCCUCUGGCCAGGGCUCACACUUGGCUGUAGGUGUUGAUUCUGGACCAAAGGCCAGCACAGCCACCCCGGGGCAGCAGCAGAAGUACUUGAAUGGCUUAGGACAGAGAGUCUGAAGAGAGUCGAGUUGCACAGUGAAAAUAGCUCUAUUUUUAUACCUAGCACAACUUCCUGUAUAUUUUUGAGGUUUUUUUCUUUCCUUUCCUUUUUUUUUCCUUUCUCUUUCCUUUUGUUUUGUUUUUUUUUACUUGAUUUGGGUUUGUUUUAUUAAUUAUUGUUAUUGUGAGGAAGGCAAAACUUCUCAAAUGUGAAGGGCGUUGGGUUUCUCCUUAUCUGGUAGAUGAGGGCAAGCAUUUUGCACUAAUGUUUCCUGUGUGUGGAGGAUUAAUGACGUGCUUGAAGGUGUGACAUGGGAAUGAUUGUUAAUGCUUCUGAAAAAGAAACAAAAACAAAAAAAGACCAAAAAAAAAAGAAAAAAAAGAGAAAAACCAUCAAAAAAAAAAACCAACCAAACCACAAACCAACCAAGAACCCCUUGAAAACACUGAAUGUAAGGUGAGAACAGAGCAGUCCAUCGAUUGUAUGCGGCUUUCCUGAGUGCCUUAGAAUUUUUUGCUCAUUUUGGUUUCUUUUCCCAAGGGAAAACAGAUGAAGAAGAUCAGGCCAUCACCAACUCCUUCCUCCUCUUUGUUUACGACACUGUUUUAAAUUCUAGAGUUUGGGGCUGCUUUAUAAUGUGAAUAGGAAACUGCAUUCAUCUAGGUCUGAUAGUGUAAAAUCAGAGCAUCAGUAUUUAUGGUAUGUCUGCACCUUUAUUCUUAUGCUUGACUACUAGCAAUAUUACAUGUAUAGUAUAUAUCUAAAGUUAUACCAAGCACCUUUAAAGAAAAUGGAGUGUAAGCAUCCAAGUUACCUGCAGCUGCCAUAUAGUGUAGAGGCCGGCCCCGCUCCUCUUCCUUAGCGCCCAUAACACCAGCCUGAGAGCUGCUGGAGGGCUGCAUGACCUGCUGCUGCAGCCCUGGCCAGGGGGGUGUGGGGUGCCAGCCCACGGAGGGAGCUGGGGAGGAGGGAUGGAGCCUGCAGAAGGUGGGGAGCGGGUCCUUUUUGCCAGCUGGAGGGUUUAGUUCUAACGGUGGUCUCACCCUAGAGGUUGCCCGUGGGGUUGGUGGUAGGGGCACGGCCGUGGUGGCACGCAUCAGGCUCCCCUCCUGCAGCCAGGAGAGGGGUUCAACCUCACCCAGCCCCCCCAAAACUGGAAUUGCCCCUGGCUUUUGAGGGAGCAGAGCAUCCUGACCAUGGUGUGAGGCAGGGGGCUGCCACCUCCCCUCAGCCCUUUGCCACCAGGGUUUGGCCGUGGCUCUGUGCGAGUGGAGAGGUGCCCACAGCAAACGGGGACCCAGCCCCAACCUCCUCCCCAGCAUUAACCCCCCCAACAUUGCCAGUCCACAACCAUCUCGGGCUUCAACUGCUGUUCCAAGUGUUCCUGCUGUCGGAAUGGGUCGUGCUGUGAGCUGAGCCCCGCUCAGGGGCUGGCUGGGAGGGAGGUGAGCAGGGGCAGCUCCCCGGCCCCGCUCGCCUGGGGAGGGGAGGGGAGGGGGCUGAUAUCUAAUGCACUCACAUUGGAAACCCCUCAGCUCCCCUCCAUGAGUUUCUUCCACUGUUAAGCGUUUUGCACACGAGAGUUGUGAUUUUUAUGUCAAGGUAAAAGCCAAAACUUGCAAUACUAUUUUUAACAGACAAAUAAUUAAGAGAAAAAAAAAACCAUAAAAAAAGGGUUAAAAGAAGAAGAAAUAACGAUGAACUAAAUAAAAACCCAAGUGAGUAUAAAUGUACACAUAUUUUUGACUUGAACAUUUGGAUGGCACUUGAUUCAAAUAGAACAUUAAUCCUUUGGACAGAAUGUUUGGGGAAGACAAAACAAAAAGGACUUAAAGUACAAGGUUGUUUUUAAAGCGUCUUCAUAGGGUCUGAAGUAGUACUGUAACUCAUGACUGUUAAAAAUCCUUUCUGUGCUGUAAGGAAAUCUCACAGUACCACUGAAUUACGUUCCUCAACUGUCUCAGCCACGAGCGAUGCUAUAGAGCUGCUUUCUUUUUUGUUGUUGUUGUCGUUGGUUUGUGUUUUUUACCCUGCAUUAUUCACUGGUAUUUAUGUGCUCUUACUCUGUGUAGUUACGACUGUUAUUUUGUAGCCAUGGCUGACACCUUAUACCAGUAACUAAACAAAAAGAGAGAGAGAAAAGAUGAAGACACCCACCCCCCCCACCCCGAGUUGGAACUGUGCUCAUUGCUGUUUUCAUACGAUGGGAAAUCCAUUUCAAACCAAACCCAACCAACCAACCCCGACGUGAUCAUUAAUUGUACAACGCUUUGUAAAACCCACAUUUACAGAAUAAUAAAGGAAAUGACAAUUAAACGCUG